AUGGGAUCCAGUAGAUUCAGAUUUUACGUGUACUCGGCGUACGUCGAACGUCGCACAGUUGCGGCCGUGCGAAUAAUCGCAGCGACCAAAACGCGCGGAGCAGAUCACGUUAUUUGCCGAUUGUGGUUGCCUGAUAACCGAACACUUACACUCAAAGCUAGAGUCAAGGCUAUCCGUGAAAACUGGAAUCUUAAAUACAGUGCCACUUACGUGUUAUGUUUACUGCGUGAAUCUGGGGUCAAGCCUCAAGAAACGGUGGGAGCUGCCAUUUCAGUGCUCUCGAGCAAUGUGCCCAAUCGACCGCCUACCAACCUGCUUACAGUGUUGGACACAGAACCGAAGAGCGGGAUAGAGCAACAAUUACAUAUUUGCGUGAAGCCUUUCCACUAUUCCUACGCCCGCAAUGAAUGGCUCCUAGAAUGGUUCGAGUUAAACCGGUUACUGGGCGCAAACCACUUCUAUAUGUACAACGAGUCCUUAAGCGGACCGGUCGCCUGCCUUCUUGACCACUAUCGAAAACAAAAGCUGAUCACGUUGCUAUCUUGGAAACUGCCAAUAGUCUCCAAAGUUGAAAUAAGAACAGAAGGCCAGUUUGCGGCAUUCAACGAUUGUCUCUACAGGUCCAUGUCUAGCGCUGGUUGGCUACUUGUUAUAGACGUUGAUGAGAUUGUGUUACCGCGGCGUGAGCGAACUUUACCCGCUUUACUUACAGCGCUAAGAGCAAUGUACGACCCACCGUCGAAAGCGCCGGGAGCAUUCUUAUUUAGAAAUGCUUUCUUUUAUCUAAAAUGGGAGGAUGAUCCAGAGAGCAUACCUUCAUUAACAACCUCCCGUAAGACACGUCGGUGGGUGACACCUCACGCCCUCAAAAAUCGAAGCAAAUAUGCGUUACGACCGCGUGACGCCGUCGAACUUGGGAACCAUUUCGUCUGGGAACUAGCGCCCGGCGCUUCUUCUGCUGGGGUCCCUACGGAUAGGGCACUAUUGCAUCAUUACCGGAUUGCCUGUGAAUAUGGCGGUGUGAAUUGCCUAACCGUCCCUUCGACAAUCGACCGCACAGCACAUAGAUGGUCUGAUGAACUCAUUCAACGCAUUGAACUCGAGAAAAAACGUCUUUCGCCCGCCUGUCUAGCCCGGUUGAUGUGGAUCUAG